GAAUAUUGAAUGUUACGAAGCACCUUUAAAUAUUUUUAUAAUUUGAGCCACUAUUUAAAAUAUUGAAUCAUCAAUGCGCGUGCAUCCAGCACUCAGUUAUUCGUAAUGACUUUGUCGGUAAUACACUGAAUUUAAGUUUUAAGAUCCCGAGAGACGCAAUUUGAGCGACUGUGGCGCUGGCCUGUUUGUAUUGCAUUCAUUUUGUACAAGUUUAGUUUGUUGUGUGAUAUCAGCCACUGGAGGCCAUGGAGAGAUCCUGCAGAAGGCUACGAGUCAGGAAAUGCUACGAAUUAAGGCUGAUGACUAUCUGCCUGUCACAGGUUAACUCAGUGUAACUUAGUUCAGUUUUGAGUUCAAAAUCAAGCUAUGUACGUUUCCAGUUUUACAAGCGUUGAAAACACACUUCGUAUGUGAAUUAGCUCUGCUUAACAAUUUAACAAUGUUUUACGUAGCGGCUUUGCUUUGGUUUAAUGUAUUCUACAGUGAUGCGUUUAUACCGAAUGAAUGGUUACAGUUCUCUUCAAAAUAUACAUCUACUCAUGUUGAAAUUACAGAAAGAGCUAUUCUAGAUGUUGCAACAGAUUAUUUCUUGAAUCACCCGCGUGUUAAGCAACCUAUUAAGCCGCUUACGGUUAGUGCACCAUAUACAAGUGCAACUGAUUUAUUCAAAGCAUAUUACGGUAACAAGGCAUCACCGAGAAAGUUUGAAGAGGCAAUAAAGGAACUAUUGACAGCCAAUGCUAAUGUCGACUUGGAUUUAACUGUAUCGCAUCUUGCAUCUGCUCACUUUGACGCAGAACAGUUUAUAUCCGGCAACCAACGAUUACUGACACUUCGACAAGCGAUUGUAUCCUCUAUUAAUGAUGGUCACUUUGAGGCAGCUCGUAGCCAAUGUGGUCAACUCUUGCACACCCUGCAAGAUUUCUACAGUCAUUCGAAUUGGAUAGAAAUCGGACAUACCGAUUUAAACUUUGACUUGGGUGUGUCUGGAGGAAACUUAGGAAAGAUCGCUGACCCUACGUUACCUACAUGUAUUGAUUGUGGGAAUAAAGGCUCUUCAAAUCCAACGUGUAAAAAUAACGUUUUAAAUUACAUUAAGAGAAAUAAAAUUCUAACCAGCGGCUACAGCGACGGACAAGUUAACAGUGACGGAAAACCUAUCAAUAAACCUCGUGGAAUAGGAAAAUGUACACAUGGCGGGGGCUCUAGCAAUUCAGCAAACGAAGCUGGUGGAAUCAACAAAGACACUAGCAACCAACAUUUGUCUCCGCAUUUUUACUACCACAAACAGGCAGCACAACUAGCGAUGAAAGCCACAGUAAAUUUCUUACAAAAGCUGAGAGAGUCAGUUGGAGAAUCAUCGUUUGCUCGAUUUCUAAAUCUGGGCCUAGGCAGUACGCUGUGUAUCGUGAUGGACACUAGCGGCAGCAUGCGCAACGAUAUGGAUGCUGCCAUCAACCGGUCAUACCACAUCAUCGACAGUAGAAUGGGGACUGACACCGAUCCAGCUAACUUUGUAUUGGUGCCGUUUCAUGAUCCAGUGUUUGGGCCUGCGACUGUUACAGACGAUGCCGAGAAGUUUAAAGCGGCUCUAAACAAUCUUAAGACUAAAGAUGGUGGUGAUUGUCCAGAACUGGUACUCAAUGGGUUGCGUUUGGCACUGACACACAGUGAACCAUAUUCGUCAUGUUUUGUGUUUACCGAUGCGUCAGCUAAAGAUGAUGUAAUGAGAGAUUCCGUUGUAGCACUCGCGCAACACAAGAAGAUCGAGGUUAGCUUCUUUGUGUCUGGAAACUGUUGGCAUUCUGUGCGUGGACGUCGAAGUACAAAUCGAUCCAAGAGGGCUUUGAUUGGAAACAAACUGUAUUCUGACAUUGCUUUUUCCACUGGAGGCCAAGCUCUUGAUCUCACCAAAAAAGAUGUGUUGGAAGGAACACAGAUUAUUGAGAGCACGGUUCAAUUAUCCAAGGUUUCUUUAUUCAAAGCAUAUGAUAUACCAGCAACACCUCAUAAUGGUCGAGAGCAUAUAUUUCCUAUUGACCUUACGUUGAUGGAGGUAACUGUAGAGAUCAACGGCUUCAUUACAAAGAUGCAAAUGGUGGACCCGAAGGGUAAAAUCCGUCCAAUAAAAAACGCUGGUGACAUUAAAUUCACAGCCAAAUUGCCUAGCCUACGUGUGGUCAAGAUGGUCAAUCUGGAACCCGGUAUGUGGAAAAUAAGGGUGGAUUCAUUUAUGUCGUACAGCGUGUCCGUGUACGGCCUUAGUACACUCGAUUUUAUACACACAUUUGGUAAAAGUGAGACUAACGGACCACACCCAGGACACAAGGAGAUUAGCGGCAGACCACUUAAAGGCAAGCCGGCUCAUAUUAUGAUGAAAAUAUUUGGUGCCAUUGGUCAAGAUAUAGCUAGAAUGGAGCAAAUGGAUCUAGUCGACAUCACAGACAAGAUUCUAACCAGUACAACAUUACAGAAAAUAAGUCCGAUCUCACAGUAUACGGCGGAGGCUGUUCCUCCAGACAUUCCAUUCUUAGUACGUUUGGUUGGUAGAGACGGUAAUGGCAAUGUGAUACAUCGACUACUAAACAGUGUUGUUGAGCCGUCAACCACAGAGAUCAUUGCCUAUGCCAGUACUAAGAACAGCAUAUUAGCACCUGGUGGGACGAGUCAUGUUAAGUUCACAGUGUUUAACAUCGGUAAACCAGCAUUGUUUAGAAUAAAGGCCACAGACGAAAAGGGAUUUGUUCAAAUGGUUACUCCUGACAGAGUGAACCUACACGUCAAUGAAUCAGCAGAUGGCUAUAUAAAACUAUUGGCUCCUGAGAAUGCAGCCUUUGGUACCACAUCGACAGUCACACUUACAGUGCAAACUAACACUGCUGGCCAAACUUUCAACUUUAUGGUGUUUGACAUUAUUGUUGCACCUCAGGAUCUUGAUGAAGAAGCACCAGUAUGUAAUGUAAUUGAAAGACAAGGUGACUGCUCAAUGGUAAGACCGGACAUGGAUUGUAGUCGCUUUAACUACUCUGUCACUGCAUCGUUCAUGGAUGUCGGCUAUGGCUUGUAUAAUAUACAGGCUAAGUACCCUACACAGAUUAAAGUUGGUCGCCAGAUUGUGGAGGCGUUUCAAGUAGGUCUAACAAACGUUAGCGUUAAAGGAGUAUUUCACUCGACAUGUUGUCAGCCUAAGGUUCAACUGAUGGCCAUUGAUGUUGUAGGCAACGUAGGUAGGUGCUUUAUUGAGAUGACGAACCUAACAACAUCUCCAGUUAAUGAAGAUAAAAGCCUAAGCAUUUUCAUUUUAAUUGCCUGCAUCGGCUUAGGGAUUGUCGGUCUAUUAAUCCUCAUCGUCAUCUGUAUCAUAUGUAGAAAAAGAAUAAGAAACAAAGUUAUUUUUAUAAAAUAAAUAACUAAGUUGUAAAUAAAGUAUAUAUGUUUUGUACAAUGCAUUUAUUUUAUUGCAAUACAAUAUCUAAGAUUAAUCUAAAUAUUGUGUUGUACUGAAAUAAACUAAAUGCGUUAUGCAAAAUAAUGUAUAGACAUCUCGCGUAAUGUACUUGAUUUAUUUCAAUACAAUAUUUAAAAUAGAAUGGACCGUUCCAUAAGCCCCCCCCCACCCCAACAUUGUGUAUUAUUGCUAAAUUCCUUCAAAACUAUACCGUAACGUAUGCGUAAACGUGUGGGACAAGCGCCAAUCUUGGCCCUGUUCUGUUUGUUCCGUUGUUAAGUGUAAAUGACACUCCGGAAAGGUCUAUUCUUAAUUUGAUUUUACUUUAACGUGUAUAGUAAUAACACAGGGAAAGUUUUCAAUGUUAACAUUAGUUAUUUAUUUAUAGCUUUUUUUUUGUAGUAUUUGAUUAUUUAGAGAACGACUUAACAACAAUUGUAAAAAAAAAUGUUGUUCUACUUUUUGAUGAUGUAAUUCAAACUUCACAAUUUGUAAUUUGAUAUCCUCUGACUUGAUUUAUUUGUACUUAGCAUAGCAUUACAGUGUAAUGUAAUGUCGUAUCAAGUAUAGCCAAGGUAAUUCAACAGAAGGACGCACAUCCCCGCUCCCGAACAUAGCGCGUGUGUACAGUCCUUUGAUCUUUACUGUGGCAUCGACAAUCCGAUACUAGUUGCGAGUACAGACGUCAAUUAUUAGUCUAUGCGUGCCAUUCGUUUUAUGGUGUUAGUUUUUAUUUUAGUAAUUUUGGGUACUUCGCAAUAUCUGUUACACCUGAUUUUGUUUGACCGCGAGCUUGCUAAAUGCUUCUAUAAACUGCAAUUUGAUUUGUGAAAAUUGACCACGAAAAUGAAAAUUUAUAGCAAUUUAAAAUUUACGAAUUUUAUAUAAUUUCAUGUUCUUAUGUAACAUUAAUCU